AUGAAGAUUUCUAGCGCAGUUUUGGUUGCACUAAAAGCGUCCAUUGAAGCUCAGAGCGAUGCUGGAGAUAACAGAGACAAUGUUUACAGUAUGCUUAAACGGCUUUUGAAAGUAAAUGGCUGGCGUGAUGAAGCUGACCUGCCUUUGAAUCUUUUGCAGCAAGGUUGCUGGCUUCAACUUCUCAAUCCUCCAGGAUGGGAAGCUUCCAACAGAGCUGAGCCCGUAAAUGAAAUGGACUAUCUCGGCCGAGCCUGGUACAAAUGUCACCAGUGCACUACUAUCGACGAUUCCAUUUGCCUCGGUAUCAGUCAAAACUACGGUUCUCCUCUUUACGACCGCUCAACUCGAUCGUAUACUUGUCCGGGCGUCCCUGGCACAUGUGAGCACAACGCUUGCUCCUGCGAUGUCAAACUCGUGGAGAGUAUCUUAACGAUCAUGACCAGAGAUGGCUAUCACAGUGAAGCAGACACUGUUGUUGGAGGAUUCGAUCCGAUUGCGCGUUGUGUCAAGAGUGGUACUGGCAACGGGUCUGGUGCUACUGAUAGCUGCUGUGGAACCUACCCAGAUCGAUUUCCGUUUCACUCGGAGAACGGGGCUCGUGCCUGUUGCUACGGAAAAACAUACGAUGCUAACGCUCUUUCCUGCUGUGCCGACGGAACCAUUGAUAUGGUAUGCGAUUUGACGGACGACCCAUGUGAUCCGAACCCAUGCAUGUACGGAGGAACUUGUAACGCAGGACAAUAUGGCACUAUUUCUUGCACUUGCACAGACAAAUACACUGGGCAGUUCUGCGAGACGAAAAAAUCAAAGAAAAAUCGACUUAUUUUGGACGAAGAAGGAUCGGGAGAACAAGAAUCGGACAUCACUUCUGCUCUUUCGAAUGGAAUGGAGCGACUUUCAGAAAAUGACUUGUGCGAAUUUGUCAAGUGCCAAAACGGCGGAACAUGCAAUUUGGGACAAUGCGACUGCCCAACUGGAUUUUCUGGAGAAUUCUGCCAGCGAGAUCCUUGCUCGAUUUCUCCUUGUCGCCAUGGAAAAUGCGUUGCGAUCGGGGGAGAGGCGAUUUGCGAGUGCGCAAAGGGAUACUACGGUGAUUUCUGUCAGAUUUCUGCUUGCGAUGACUUUGAUUGCGAAAACGGCGGCAAAUGCAUUUUGAAUGAAUAUCAUUAUCCAGUCUGUCAGUGUCCAGAAGGCUUUGAAGGGACAAAUUGCGAGCAAAAGAUUGUUCCUCCAAAUCCUUGUGAUCCUGAUCCUUGCUUCAAUGGUGGCGAGUGCGUGGCCAACAGUGAUGGAUUCACAUGCUCUUGCACAACUGGGUUUAUUGGUCGACUUUGCGAGGAGUCUGUUCCCACUCAGGUUUGGUGCUAUGAAAAACCAAUGGAUAUCCUCUUCGUUGUCGACAGAUCAACUUCAAUGCGCGGCGAAAGCAACUUUUUCGAUGCUUCAAAAGCGUGGAUUGAAAAUUUAAUCGGGGAAUUCGACCUCGAUCUUGUUCAAGUUGGUGUUGUCACUUACGCCGAUAGCGCCACUUUGGAUAUCCCGCUAAAGAAUCAUUCUCUUGCUAAGAUUGUGAAAAGAAUGGACGCAAUCGAACUCGAUGAAAAAGUUGGAUCAGAUCUGUCUGAUGCGGCCAAUCUUGUCCGAAAGGUUGUUGGACGGCGUAAUCAAGAUUCCGACGCAGAAAGCAUCGUCAUAAUUCUCUCAGAUUUCUGGGACUCCGGCUUCAAGACACCGGACUUUUUAUCGGACACACCAUUUGGCAGCCUUGCUACUCUGAGAACAUCUGUGAUUGCCGUCGGUCUUGGGGAAGAAUCCAACAGUGCAAUUGGCCAAAUAGCCGCAUUGAACCAAUCCGAAAACUUUGUCAAGGCACAAUCACCGGAUGACCUCAUGACUCCAGAAUUUCUAAACGAGAUCACUCGAAAAGUCUGUUAUUCCGAUGGACGGGAAAUGGAUGGCAUUUGGACGGAGCUCGAAAGUCAACGAUUUGAUGAAGAGUUUGACGUCGAGACUUUCGAGGAUUUACGAAGAGAGUCUUUAAAACGAGACAGAAAACGCAUUCGGCGAUCAAUUUCUGAUACAUCUGCGUAG